AACCUCUUCUAAAACCCUAAUCUCCAGUUGUUUCUUUCUGCUUUCAAGUUCAACAAUUGUGGUACAGCUACUCAGCUUGUCCGUUGUUCACUCUUAAAAGUUAAAUCUUAACUCUUAAGCCCUGUUCCCCUUUUCCUAAAACCCUCGUUCUUCACUCACUCUACUUGUAAAACUAUUAAACAGAAUGUAACGAGUAUCACUAACCUCAUCAUCUCCCGUCGAGGUUUUUUUCUCUUUUGUUAUUCCCCCCUCUUUUAUUUUGGGGGGUUGUUUGGGGAAUGCAAGCGCAGGCGCGAAUGACGGUUGAAGGUGCGCAGAGGGUGGUGAACGAUGGUGGUCAUGGCGGGAGGAAGGUGUUGCAGCAUCAGCAGCAAAGUCAGCAACCGCCGCAGAUGGGAACUGUGUCUCAGCUUCUUGCCGGUGGCAUAGCAGGCGCCUUUGGAAAGACCUGCACUGCUCCACUUUCACGCCUCACUAUUCUUUUUCAGGUGCAAGGUAUGCAAUUUGAUGUGGCAGCAGCAGCGUUGAGCAAGCCUAGCAUAUGGUGUGAGGCCUCACGCAUUGUCAAUGAAGAAGGAUUUAGAGCAUUUUGGAAAGGCAAUUUGGUGACAGUAGCCCAUCGACUUCCUUAUACCGCAGUCAACUUCUAUGCCUAUGAACGCUACAAGAGCGUAACGUCUCAUCUGAUGCUCUUUACAAAAUGUGUAUGUUAUAAACUCGGAGGAAAUACAAGUACAAACCCCUUUGUGCACUUCAUAGGUGGUGGUUUGUCUAGCAUAACAGCUGCUACUGCCACAUAUCCGUUGGAUCUAGUGAGAACCCGACUUGCCGCACAGAGAAGUGCCAUUUACUACAAUGGCAUCUCCCAUGCCUUUAAUACAAUAUGCAGGGAAGAAGGCUUCCUGGGUCUUUACAAGGGACUUGGAGCAACAUUAUUGGGUGUUGGGCCGAGUAUAGCGAUAAGUUUUUCUGUUUAUGAAGGCUUACGUUCAUUUUGGAAGUUGCAAAGGCCUGAUGAUUCAACAAUCAUGAUCAGUCUUGCUUGUGGCAGUCUUUCAGGCAUUGCAUCAUCAACAGCAACAUUUCCUUUGGAUCUAGUAAGGCGCCGGAUGCAGUUAGAGGGGCUUGGGGGUCGAGCUCGCAUCUAUAAUACCAGUCUGUUGGGAACAUUAGGACACAUAAUUCAGAAUGAAGGGGUACGAGGUUUGUAUAGAGGCAUUUUGCCUGAGUACUACAAGGUUGUUCCUGGCGUGGGCAUUGUCUUUAUGACUUAUGAGACAUUAAAGAUCCUUAUAUCAAGCAUUCAGAGUUAUUAAACUAUUUUCCAUCAUAUGCUGACCACCUCCAUUUAAUCCUUUUAGGAAAUUUUGUCAUGGUGAGUUUUGUUGGCUUUGCCAUGGAAUCAUAUUCAUCUGUGAAUACGUAGGUAUAGUCGAGAAUGAGUGAUGUCAAUUGUACCUAAUUCGGAAUUUAGGUUGCAGUGCUUUUGUAAUAGUUUAUGAUCAAAGCAAUGAUGCAGUGUAAAACCUUGAUUUAUAUCAGUGUUAACAAAUUAUUAGUGCAAUCUUUCAUCUGAACAAUCUUUUAAAGGAUUACUUCAGAAGCAAAGGUGAGAAACUUAUCUAUGUUUAGAUGUAAUUCUUAAAAUACCUUUUUUCCUUUUUUCAUUUAAAAUCAAAAUUAGAAUUUAGUUGUUUGGAUGUGAUAACUGAAAUAGCAUAUACAUUCCUUAUAGAUGAGAUGUCUUGCUUAGUAGAUGGAGUUCUAUUUAUUUGUUGGCUUUGAGAAAAUGGUAUAGUAUUUUGUCACUAUAUGCAAUACGAGGGGUAAUUGAUCUUCAUGUUUGGUUGAAUACAUUUGCUAAAAUUUACAUUCAAUGCCCUGAUUGAUCUAAUUAAUAGUGAGGUUUUAAUUUAAAUUAUGUAAGACAUAUAUCAAUGGUGUGGCUGACUUAUACUUUUGAGUUUGUUUUAAUUUAUA